AUGAGUACAGCUGCUGUAGCCCCUUCCACACCGUCAGGUGCAGCAGGGAAAAACGCAGCCAGAUCACGAAACCUAGCCAACCAGCGAAAAUAUGCCAACCCCUUACCUAUCCUGUUCAACACCCCUUCUUCGUCCACUUCUGCCUCCUCGUCCAAAUCCAGCUCUACUUCAUCAUCAAGAUCCCUCUUAUCGUCAUAUCUUCCUUCGGCGAGAGUAGAAGUACCUCAAUGUAUAGGGACGUUCGACCCUAUAACUCGAUCAAUAUGGAUCGAAGAUGAGCGAUCAAAAGAAAUCUUAUUCACCAAAGGGUUUUUUGGGAAAGGUAGUUUGAGCAGGAGUGAGCCGUCCUGGAGGGAGAGGAGAGUAGCUUUACUGAAAGGUGGUGCCACUCUAGCAGCAGAACAAAUGAGAGAACAACGUCGUAUAGCCCGUAAACAAUUCAAGAUUGAUCGAGCAGCAGCAAUGUUGGACGCUGCCAAACAAGCCGAAGCAGUAUUAACAUCUUCUGUUCGUGGUUCAUCCUCAUCCAUACCUGGUUCGCCAUCGCGGCUAGGCUCAUCUUUGGGUCAAAAUUUAGAAGAAGAGCUGGAGGAAGGGAAUGAAGAAGGUGUAGAUGAUCAAAUCAGACCCAGUUCUCCUACACCUUCCACUUCAACGACAACGACCACAGCUACAGACAACACAGUAAUAGAUCCUAUGAACCUCACACCGCAAACUUUUCUGGUUAGACCUACUAGACCGGACUCGAAUAGGAAUAGAGGUAGGAAAGCGUUCAAGAGACGUCCACCACAGCCGCCGUCUACUUCCUCAUCUCAACCUCAGCCUGCACCCCCGGCCACAGGGGAACCUGCCAAGGCGGCACAACCUCCUCAGCAGUCGCAAAGGUUAGAGAUAGAUGAGGACGAAGUUGAAGAUGAUGAAGAGGACCUGUUUGAUGAGAGUCUGGUAGAAGAGAUGGAACACCUUCAACUGAGCUUGGAAGAAGGAUUAUUCUUGACAUUGGGUUUGGGCGUAUUGAGAGUAUUCGAUCCUACUUCUCAAACUUACAUCCCCAACGGUUCGGCCCUCCUCUCAUUACUUCUCACCCCUUCAUCCACCCCAUCUUUGAUAUCCACACCCACAUCCACAUCAUUGUUACCAGACGAUCCAAUGUUGGUAUCAUAUAUAGCAUACCAUCAUUUCAGAUCAUUAGGAUGGGUAGUCAAAGACGGUAUAAAGUUCUGCUGCGAUUGGCUAUUGUACAGACGAGGUCCGGCAUUCAGUCAUUCUGCCUUCGCAUGUGUGGUCAUACCGGUAUACGAAAAUCCCUCAGAAAAAGAGUCCUCUCCAUACGGGAAUGAAGAUUGGUAUGAAGAGAGAAUGAGUUGGAAAUGGAUCAAUACAAUAAUGCGAGUUAACGCUUUAGUACAGAAGACCAUCAUAUUGGUAUACGUUACCAUACCUUCUUUAGGAUCUUUUAACGAAGUUCAUAAACUCCAAAAUGGGUAUUUAGAUCCUACCAAGAUUGAUUUCAAGAAUUUGUUAGGUAGAUAUACAGUUCGUGAAGUAUCCUUGACACGUUUCGGUCCUAGUAGAAGAAGGGAUUAG